AUGGAUCGGUACACCAUUCUCUCUACAGUUAACAUCAUCCUCUCUAUCACAGCGCUUCUUGGAAAUUCUCUAAUCCUUGUUGCCCUUCACAAGGAAUCUUCCCUUCAAUCGCCGUCCAAACUCUUGUAUCGAUGUCUGGCAACAACUGAUCUGUUGGUUGGUUUUGUUUGCCAGCCUCUCCAUGCUACUCUUUGGAUGUCCGUAGUUCGCGAACACCGGAGUCUUUGUCGAUACUUAGGCUAUGCAAACUACAUAAGCUAUGCAUUAUGUGGAGUGUCUCUGUUGACGAUGACGGCCAUAUGCGUCGACAGACUUUUUGCCCUGUUGUUGGGGCUGAGAUACAAACAAAUCGUAACUUUGAAGCGCACCUAUAUCAUUGUAGUUACCUUCUGGGUUUUUUCUCCUUUCUGGACUUCCUUAAACGCCAUAUUUGAUCACCGCAUACUGUAUUUGUGCACCGGCAUAUUUAUACUACUUUGCCUGAUUAUUUCACUGGCCUCGUACACAAAGAUUUUUUGCACUCUCAGGCAUCAUCAUACUCAAGUACACGGUAAUGUUCAACAACAGCCGAGCCAACCAAGUGCACUAAACAUGGCGCGAUACAGAAAGGCAGUGCACAGUACACUGUGGGUACAGUUAGCAUUGAUUGUUUGUUAUGCGCCAUUCUUUAUUGUAUUGUUAUUGGCAAUCGUUCAUAAUGGAAUAUCUUCGUCACACUUGUUCGUCAUAUUGCAAAUAACAAUUGUCUUAGUCUACUUUAAUUCAACGUUAAAUCCGUUUCUUUACUGCUGGAAGAUUAGUGAAGUAAGACUAGCAGUAAAGCAGACAAUCAGACAAACCAAGUAUCAUCAUACUCAAGUACACGAUCAUGUCCAAUAUCCGCCAAGCCAACCAAAUGCACUGAACAUGGCGCGAUACAGAAAGGCGGUGCACAGUGCACUUUGGGUGCAGUUAGCAUUAAUUGUUUGUUAUGCGCCAUCCUCUACUGUAUCGUUAUUGGCAAUCGUUCAUAAUGUAAUAUCUUCGUCACACUUGUUCGCCAUAAAGGAGAUAACAACUGUCUUAGUCUACUUUAAUUCAACGUUAAAUCCGUUUCUUUACUGCUGGAAGAUUAGUGAAGUA